AUGACCAGUCAAGAAGAGCCAAAAAUCGAGGGCACUUUGCUGAGUUGGCGAAAUUUGGAGAGCGAUUUUCAAAAAGAGAUGAACACUCAAGCAAAAAUGGGAUCAAAUCGAAAAGCUCAUCCGUUGGGGGCAUCAAAUGGUUUCAUCUCGACGUGUUUUCUCAUCGAAUUCGAUUGGGAGCUCGGCGAUCGGCAUUUGCCGAAACAGGCCAUUCUCAAGAUGGUUGAAUGUGAUCGCCUUCAAUCACAAGCUGAUAACCUUGGUGAUGUGGACGAUGUGUUCAGCGAUACCGAAUUCACUUUCCUACGCCGUGUGUCAAAGGAGAAAGAUUUCCAAAAAGCGGUUCCACUUCCCCAAUUUUUCUGUGGUCGCAAAUUUGGCCUUAAUGGGUUGAAUGCAGGUUACGUGCUGAUCGAAUACUUUGAGAAUAUUCACAGUCGUCACAUUUAUCAUAUCAUCCCGGAGAGUGGCGUGCUUCAAAUUAUCCAAAUUUUAGCCAAAAUGGGAGCUUUUUCACUUCGUAACCCGAAAUUCGUCGCAGAAUUCGAUGAGAAACUGCUGGCUGAAACGAUGGCCGAUUAUGCACAUCCAGAAAAACUCCACCGCUUUCUCGAUACUUUACUUGUAAAAUUCCCCGAGAAGAAAAGCGAGAUCGAGACGCUGCGAACGCAGACAAAAUAUUUCUACAACAUUGACGACUAUUUCAAAAGAAUGAGUUCAACUUCAAAGGUGAAUAUGCUAACACACGGCGAUUUAUGGCCCGGGAACAUUUUGUGGCAGAAGAGAAGAAGAACAGAAGAGAGCAAUGGAGAGUUCACAGUGAAAGCAAUCGUCGAUUGGCAGUUAACCCAUCACGGGACUCCACUCGAAGAUCUCGCUCGAUUUCUGCCCACAGCGUUGAGCGGGAAAGAGUACAAAAACAACCGUGAUAAGUAUUUAUUGACCUAUUGGCAAGAGCUACAGAAAGAAGCUCGAGGUCUUCAACUCCCAUGGGACACAUUUGAUGAGUUAAUCAAGCAAUACGAGUUGGUUCUCCCAUUGGUGAUCAUUGUCUACACACCGCUUUUCGUCGAGAUGAUCGACCAUUCGACGAACGGGAAAAAUCUUUCCCAAAAAGAUCUCAAUGUCUACUAUGAGAAAAUUCGUGUCACCCUCGAUGAGGCAGCGUCUUGCAUUCGAAAAUGGAAACUC